CAACCAUAGCUAAAAAACAACACAGUCCUUCCACUAAACCAAAUCUCCCCCACUUUAAACAUUUGCCUUACUCAUAGAAAGGGAAAACCAUCCAAAGUCACUACGUAUACUUUUAACAAUAAUCAAUCCUAUAUUCUACUUCAUAUUCGAAAUGCAUAAAAGCUUCUAACCUCCUAUUUUCCAUUAAAAACUGCAUGACGGCAAUGGGUGAAACCAUCAAUAGCACGUGUACUAUGAGUCAGAGCACACAAAAGGAAAUGAAUUCAGUGUCAUCAGCAACGGGCACAUCAGAUAAUGCACAGGAGCCUAACAUGCCUACUAAAGCCAAUCAGGGGGGUAAUAUGUGGUGGAAAGGGCAAAGGGCACAUCAAGAUAAUGCACAGGAGCAUAACAUGCCUACUAAAGGGACCGCUCAAGGCUCAUUAAUUUUAAGUUCUGAAGAAUCGCUACCACAUGCCAACCCCCCUCCCCUUUAUUUAAGUUUGAAAAUGUUGUAAUGAUUAGAUAUAAGGUAGAUUUAGGGCACCACGGGAUGCCCCAAAACAGGCCACAGGUACGCUUCUCUAUGCACUGAUUGAACUGAUGUUUCGUUCUACAGCUUUACCCGAAAUUA